AUGGUGGAAGAACAAAAACAACUCUCGAGUGGAAAAAGGAGAACAAAUCGAGCAAAUAACAACCAUGUCGGAAAUGGAAUUGAAAUUUCUCCCUUGAAUGAUGAUGGUGGUCUGGAUAGUAACAACGGUAAUAAAUAUUCACUUUCUAAGAAUGAACACAAAAUUGCAUUAACAAACGAGACUAUAGAAAAUUUCAUCGCGUCAUGA